CCGGCUCCGGGAGCGGCGGCGGCACCAGCAGCAGCAGCAGCCCCCCACCCCCCCUUCCUUCCUCCUCCUCUUCCUCUCCCCCCCCCAGCGGGGGAUGCCCCCCUUGAAGCGGCUCCGCGGCGAGCCCCGGGAGGCGGCGGGGAUGCUGCGGGGCUCGGCCCCCCCCCCGCUGUCGCUGUCGCCGCUGCUGAGCGCUGCGGGGCGGCGGCGGAGCAUGGCCAGGGCGCCCGGCCGCCGCCCGGGGGGAGCAUGGCCGGGAGCUCGGCGACAGCCCCCGCCGCCGAGCCGCUGCCCCGCAGCAUCUUCAAGAAGUUCCUGGUGAUGCUCUGCUCCCUCCUCAUGUCCCUCUACGUCUUCUACUGCCUGGCCGACCGCUGCCAGACCCUGCCCGGACCCAUCAUCGCAGCCGGCGCCGCCUCGGAGGAGGAGGAAGGGGGCGGCGGGGGGUACCUGGGGGGCUCUGCCGAGCUGCCCCCCUGGCAGGCGGCUGCGGCGAGGAGGAAGCGGCUGCUGCAGCGGCUCAAGCAGCAGCAGCGGCGGCGGCGGCAGGAGGCGGCGGGGGCUGGCCCGGAGACGAUGCCCGGAGCCGGGAGGAGCCGCCCGGGGCGCUCCGGCGGCGGCGGGGGCAGCGCUGCGGGGACCCCCGGCACCCUGACAUCGCUGCUGGGGGAAGGCAGCAAGCGGCUGCCGCAGGCCGUCAUCAUCGGCGUGAAGAAGGGGGGGACGCGGGCGCUGCUGGAGUUCCUGCGGGUGCACCCCGACGUGCGCGCCGUCGGCGCCGAGCCCCAUUUCUUCGACCGCAACUACGAGCGGGGCCUCGCCUGGUACAGGGACCUCAUGCCCAGGACCCUGGAGGGGCAGAUCACCAUGGAGAAGACCCCCAGCUACUUUGUCACCAAGGAGGCCCCGGCCCGCAUCUCCUCCAUGUCCAAGGGCACGAAGCUCAUCGUGGUGGUGCGGGACCCCGUGACCAGAGCCAUCUCGGACUACACCCAGACGCUCUCCAAGAAGCCCGAUAUCCCCACCUUUGAGAGCCUGACCUUCAAAAACAGGACUACGGGCCUGAUCGACACCUCGUGGAGCGCCAUCCAGAUCGGCAUCUACGCCAAGCACCUGGAGAACUGGCUCCUCUACUUCCCCAUCGGGCAGAUCCUCUUCGUCAGCGGGGAGAGGCUGAUCAGCGACCCCGCGGGGGAGCUGGGCAGGGUCCAGGACUUUCUGGGCCUCAAGAGGAUCAUCACCGACAAACACUUCUACUUCAACAAAACCAAGGGCUUCCCCUGCCUGAAGAAGGCGGAGGGCAGCAGCAAACCCCACUGCCUGGGGAAAACGAAAGGCAGGACCCACCCCGACAUUGACCAGGAGGUGGUGCAGAGGCUGCGGGACUUCUACCGGCCUUUCAACAUGAAGUUCUACCAGAUGACGGGGCAGGACUUCGGCUGGGACUGAGGCUGAAAAAAAAAUAAUUUAAGAAAAGGAAAAUAUAAUAUAAUAUAUAUUUUUUUUACAUAUCAGUAGAAAGGGGGAAAAUACAGAAAAAAAAUAAUAGUUGUGCUGAAACAUGUUUCAUUCUGAUUUUUUUUCUUUUGACACUGCCUUGGUUUCUUUCUUCUCCCAGAGGGGUGGUGAUGUGUCCCACCACAGAAAGAGGCUGUGAACUGCAACCUGGUCCUGUUGACAUCCCUGAGGCUUGGUUGCUUCCUUCAGUGGGCCCGAGGAUUUGCACUGGCUCUGUAAAAAAAAAAAAAAAAAAAAACAUUCAGGUGUAGAAUUUUUCGAUGUCUUCAGGUCCACCCUCAGAGGUGAGCGGGGUGCAUGCAGGAGCUCAGAGCUGUACUGGCACAUCAGCCACAUUUUGGCUUGCAAACACCGUUUUAGACCAGACCUUGUCACGCUUGACAAUGAAAAAAACGGCAAUGUAAUAUUUAAUUUGGUUUUCAAAACCUUACCUUAGGAUAUUUUUUAUUGUAUGAAACCUUUGAGAAUUUUUCAUUUAUCCAAAUUUUGUUUGACUGUUGCCCCUCCACUAAAUCAAGCUCUUUUCAUCAACCAAACUUAUUUUUCAUCUUAUAGAAGCCAAAACCAAUGUUCCUUCGGUUUGUUUUGACAAAAAUAUUUGGUCACCAAAAGUGUAAUAAAACUAAUGAUUCUUUUAACUUUCCGAUGCAAACUGCCAGGUAGUCAAAAGACCUCAUUCACGGGAGCUGGCUCCAAACCUGCGCUCCCCAUCCCCAGGAACGUGCACCCCUCACACCAGGCUGACCACAGAGCGCUUCUCCCAGUGGGGCCCAUCUGAAGGGAGCUGGGUGAUGGGCAGGGAAGGGUCCACACUGAGAUGAACGUGGUACAUCUCUCUGGGAGGUGAUGGGAGACCCGCUAUCCCACCACUCGUACACAGGAAACAAGUUUACUGUGUCUGGUGGAUGAUAUUUAAGCCAUAAUGAAGAAUGUGCUGGGUUGGGUCAGUCUGAAAAGACAAAUGGUGGGGAAAGGGUUGUUUGGGAAAAAAAUGAACAAAAAUCACAUCCAGAAAGGGGGGAGAAUGAGGAGAAGUAGAUGGAAGGUUAAUUGUCCUUUCCUAAAGGAGAACCGAGGGGGAAGCAGGAACAAGAGCACUGGCUGUGCAGGGCUUUAAAAACUGUCAGGCAAAACAAAUCUUCUGUUUGGCAUAACCAGGAGCUUUAAAUUCCUUUCUUUGAUCAUUAUCACCUUUUUUUUGGCCAGCAGAAAUGGCUCAGAGACAAAAAUCUAUUAGUGAAGCAGGAUCUUGUAUUACCGCGGGCUCCUUAUCUGCUGGCUCUUUAUCUUCAGCAUUUGCUGGACUAGAGGAGCACCUAAUUAUUGCUUGGUGCUGCGUAACACAAUUAUGUUCCCUCAUUUGAGUUUAACUUUAAAAAGCCACUGAUGGGGUAGAGCAGACUAAGUGGGGAUCAGCUGGUAAAUCUGGUGAGGAAGAAGCCUGGGGUCCCUGCCCACUGGCUGUUGGCACACCAGGCAACAUCUUAAUGCAAUCACAGCACAGAUUUCAAGGAAUCCAAGGAGUAUUGUAGGAUAACCAGGGCUAAGACACAGACCAUGUAUCAGAAAAUGCCAUUCAACCCAAAAGAGUCAUUUCCACCUUGGCCAUCCACCUUGAUGGGUUAGGAAAACAACUGAGGACCAGGACAACCUCGUGGCACCCACUGCCACCUCAUGUGAUGAGCCACAGCCCAUCCUGGCUGUCUGGAGCCUUCCCUUCCCUCCCAUCCCUCUGCUCCUGAGGACGCGGAGUCCUGGGACAACCACUGUACUGUCCCUGAGGCACAAAACCUUCCCACCAUCCCUUCCCACCUUUCGCCACCCCUUCCCACCAUCAUCAGCCAAGGCACAAAGCCAGAGGCUUUCCAAGCUGAACAGAAGUGUCAAGCAGGUAGCUCCUGUGGUGUUUCAAGGAGACUUGGGGUGGGCUAAACUGCACAGGCUUUUGACAAGUAUAAAUAUCACUUGAGUAUGAUUUAAAAAAAAUCAAUAUAAUUAUAUUGCCACUGUCUCUCCUAUGGUCACAUUUAGACUAGUAUAAAGCUGCUUUAUAGCACUAGAGAUUGUUCUUCCCAUAUUGAACUAGCUCUAGCGAUAUGAAGUACCUUCCUACAAAUGAGAUUCUGCAACUGCCACCAAAUCACUGCCAUUAAACCCAGAUAGUUUCGGUGUGUACACAGGCCCAACUAUCACACGUGCCUUUAAAACACUGCCCAGCACACUGGACUCAACUCCAUGGGCACACUUUCCCAAAAACGCUCAGAUGCUUUACUUCCAUUAAUUUCUGAGGCUUUGACUCCCUCAAUGCACACCUAGUAAAACUAUUUGGGGAUCAGAGGCUGUAACUGAUUUUUUUGAUCUGGGCCAUAAGUAUUUUUUGAAAAUCCCUCCACGUAUGAACAAUGGCUUUUAAAAAGAGGUCAUGCAAUCAAAUCCCUUUGAACUCUAAUAACAUUUAAGCCUCUAAACUCUUUAGGCUUAUUUUAAAAUCCAGCCAUGAAGUUUAGAUUAUUUUAACCUAAGAAGAAUUGGAAGUAAACUGUCAAAACCUGCAACCCUCCUAGGCCCACAGAAUCGAGCAUCUUAUUAGGAGGAGAAAGCAAAAGCAGCUAUAAAUAAAAAUGAAAGUGACCUAUAGUGUGCUUUAAAAAAAAAAAAGGCAGAAAAAUCAAUACUUUAGUGAUAAGAAACUAAUCAGGUAUACUGAAGUCCUUCUGGUUUCAAUAAUCCAGUGUGCCAUUAGGCACUGAUAAAGCUUAUGCUUAUUAUAAACCACGUAACAUUUGGAUUUUUAGAACAUUUGUUUUAAAAGAAAAAAAAAACAUAAAACACCCUGAAUGUUUCAGACAACUUGGGUUUUCCUUUGCUGGUGCAGUUUGGCAGGAUGCAUCCCAGCCUCUGCUGUGGCUCCUGGUGCUGGGAUUUUGGGAAGGGCGAGGACGGGCUGUGGCCACGUCGCAGCGAGCUGUGUUCAUGUUGUGAACGUCAUCGACUCCCACCAGAAAGCUGCCACCUGAGAAUUUAUACAGCUAAAAGGAAUAUAAAGGCCAAUAUGCCAUGGAGAUCAGCGAAGGAGGCUCCUCCAAGUGGUAUUUGGGGUGGGCUUUGGGGUGCAAAGCCCAAUGGCCAGCGCAUUUGGCGAUGCCAACCUGCACUUAGUGGUCUUGACGCUCUUCCUUCUUAGCCUCCUCGGUUCUCUCGCACACACACACUAGCAGAUACAAUGUUAGGUCUCCAGAUCUGGGGAAAAAAAAUGCCCACUUUCUUAACCAUUAAAAAAAUUCUUGUUCAUAU